ACAAGGAAAUGCUGCAUGCGCAGUUGCGCGAGACAGAACCGUACUGACAGUUCGCCUCACACUCGUCUCUGUUUCCUGCCCUAAUGGCAACGGAGGACAAAGGAAAAACAGCGGCGCUACAGGCUUUACCGGAAAUUGGAUCCAUCUCAACAACACACAUCAAUCCCAACAAUAAUAACAACAACAACAAUAACAACAAAGACAGCGACGGAAGCGAAUCAGCCACGACAGCCACAUCUACUGCCGUUGAAUCCGUCGGGGAGAAAAACAUCACAGGCAACGGUUCCGUCGUUAACAUCACCGGAGGCAAUAACGGCAAAUGGGUCCGUCUCAACGUCGGUGGGACAGUGUUUCUAACGACACGUCAAACGCUGCUCAAGGAACAAACUUCAUUUUUGUAUCGACUGUGUCAGCAGAAGGACCUUCACUCAGAUACGGAUGAAACUGGUGCAUAUGUGAUUGACCGAGACCCCACCUAUUUCGGUCCCAUACUCAACUACCUGCGACAUGGGAAGCUGGUUUACAACAAGGAGCUGGCAGAAGAAGGUGUGCUGGAAGAGGCAGAAUUUUACAACAUAACACCACUGAUUAAAUUAAUCAAAGAUCGGAUUCUUGAGCGAGACUCCAAAGCCACACAGCAGGUACCACCAAAGCACGUGUAUCGGGUAUUGCAGUGUCAGGAAGAGGAGCUCACCCAGAUGGUGUCCACCAUGUCAGAUGGCUGGAAGUUUGAGCAGAUGGUGAACAUCGGCUCGUCUUACAGCUAUGGCACCGAGGACCAGGCCGAAUUUCUCUGUGUAGUGUCAAAAGAGCUACACACCUCAGGUGGAGGACUGGGGGCCGAGCAGAAUCACAAGACUAAGACCUCGGAAACACAGGAGGAAGAUGGAGCAAGGGGGGAAGAGGAAGAGGAGGAGGAAGCCAGAAAUGCCACCCCCAAUGAGUGGAUUAGAGAUUAGCAGAAACAUAGUGUACCCAAGGAAUUGCUUUUCCAGAUCCAUGGAUCCCGGAUGUAGGACGAAAUUAAUUUUAUUUUUCUAGAUAUUUAUUUGAUUGUGCUCUUGAUGCUGGUUUUAAGCCAUACUUUUUUUAGAUUUGUUGACUUGAGCAACAGGUAUUAGGAGACGACAAUUUCACAACCAGCAGCAAAAAAUUGUGCUGAAUUAAAACAUUUCUAUAAACGGAUUACAAUUUAAGAAAACACAGUUAUAUCUUAGUACACAACCUGUUACCAAAGAGUGCAAACUAGUUAUUGAACAAUGCAUUUGAAUAAAAAAGACCGAAAUAUCCUGACAA